AUGCCAAUAACAUUCAAUGUGGUUGAACAUCCGGCCACUGCCUGGACAACUCCCAGCGUCAAGUCUCCCGAAGAUCUGCUAAAACAGACUUCCCCUCGAGACUUUCGGCAUUGCCAACGGAUUAUCCAGACUUCCUUCGAUAGCAAUACCCUUCAGGAUCAGCACAUAUCACCUUCUGAGAAUGGCUUCGUUUGGUCUGCCUAUCAUGCCUACAGCCAGCACCACCACCUUACGAUUCGGCCUGAAGAUGUUUGGUUCGCCAUCCUCACGCAGAUAAGCUUUUAUAUCAAUGCGAAUGCGGAAGAUUUGCGUGCAUUCUUCGUUGAUCACGAGGGUCAGAAAGAGCUUGAGGUCGUGGGCUUGGGUACUCUGGAAAGUGCCAACUUUGGCGCUCUGGCUAAGCAGAUGGCGAAUCUUGUCAGCAAGAACGUCAAAGAUCCAGAACUAGGGUCUUGGGUCAUGCCCAGUUUCUCUACCACAUCUGACACUGAUCAAGUGGUUGCUUCGGUGCUUUUCAUGGGCGCUAUGCAGAAGUACUUCUCUUACGGAUUUACUCUGACUUGCGGAAUUCCUUCUGUGACGCUGCUAGGUGAUAUCUCAGACUGGCGAGAUAUUCUUGGUCGGAUAGAUAAGUUGGAACUACUCGGAGAUGAGCCCACUCAGUUUUCCAAGAUGCUGCGACCGAUUCUGAAAAAUAUGGUUCUUUCUUUUGAGCAACCUGAUCAUCCUGACGUUAUCCGUUUUUGGAACACCAUUGCAACAAGAAACCCUGUGGGUAGCGGUACUGACUACAUCACCGGAUGGAUCACGGCAUUUUGCUUCUGGGAUGACAAGGGGAAGCCUAAAAACCGUCGUGCAAUGAAUGUGAUUGACGGGGUUUCAUACCCUCGUGUGGACAUUGAUAGUGUACCUGUCGGGUUUGCGUCGGUGCCGGUCAAGGUCAACGACAAUGGAAAAGAGUUUUCUUGUAUUAUGAUAGCUGGAUCUUUUGGCAUCAGGGGUCAAAGACUCGGCGAACAUGAGCAGGUUCAAACUUCGAAUGAUGGUUCGGCCACAAGCCAAAGUGUUGAGACAUUAGAGUCCGGUCUACUCGGAAUCCAACCUGUCUCCGGCUGGUUGAUGUACGAGAACGAGGCUGAGAAGGAAACAAAGGCCAGAGGGGAGAAAAAGAUGGCUUUGGAAAAUGAGUUGGAUCAAAUCAACAAGUUGCCUGACUCGGACGAUUGGGAAGUGACGCGCGAAAGAUUGUACAAAAUGAUGACUCUUGAAAGCCAGAUUGAAAAGCUAGAGGCCUAUUGA